AUGGAGUUGAUGAAGUGGCAAUGUGCCAUUGAUGCCUUGACUGAUAUGUGUAACUGGCUAGAGGUUAAUGGUGAGGUUGGUGUAUUUGAUGCUACAAACACAACAAGAGAAAGAAGGGAAGAAAUCUUAGAUCAGUGUAAUGAACGAGGAUUCAAGACAUUCUUUGUAGAAUCUGUAUGUGACCACCCUAAUGUGAUAGCAGCCAACAUAGCGGAAGUUAAACUAAGUAGUCCUGAUUACAAGGAAAUGAGUAAAGAUGAAGCAAUUCAAGACUUUUUGUAUCGAAUUAAACAUUAUCAGGAUGCUUAUGAACCAUUGGAUGUUGACUUGGAUAGAAAUAAGUCCUUUAUCAAAGUAAUGAAUUGUGGUGAUAGAUUCCUUGUGAAUAAAGUUGACGGCCAUAUACAAAGUCGUAUUGUCUAUUACCUUAUGAAUAUUCAUAUUAUGUCCAGAACUAUUUAUUUGACAAGACAUGGCGAGAGUGAAUUAAACUUAAAAGGAAAAAUUGGUGGUGAUUCUGAUCUCUCAGAAAAUGGAAGACAGUAUGCUAAUGCACUGGCCAAGUACUUGGACAGUGAAAAUUUACCAGACCUUAAGGUGUGGACAAGUCAGUUGAAGAGAACCAUACAGACUGCAGCUGGUGUACAUGCACCUCUUGAACAAUGGAAAGCACUUAAUGAAAUAGAUGCAGGUGUUUGUGAUGAAAUGACGUAUCAAGAGAUUCAGGAUAAAUAUCCAGAAGAGUUUGCAUUACGAGACCAGGACAAAUAUCAUUACAGAUAUCCCAAAGGAGAGUCAUACCAAGACCUUGUAGCAAGAUUAGAACCAGUCAUAAUGGAACUUGAACGACAGAAGGAUGUUGUUGUAGUGUGUCAUCAGGGUGUCAUGCGAUGUUUACUGGCUUACUUUCUAGACAAAGGACCAAAUGAGUUACCAUACCUCAAAUGUCCAUUGCAUACAGUACUGAAACUGACACCAGUAGCUUAUGGUUGUCGAGUGGAAAGUGUUUCACUAAAUAUUGAUGCUGUUGACACACAUAGGCCUAAACCUGCGGUAAGGAUACAAAUGUACAUUACUCACUUACAGAGAAUAACAACUUUUAAUGUUACUUCAUUGAUUCAGCCUGCUACAAAAUAA